CCCAACUCUAAGUACGCACCAGUAAACACACGUUGUGUAAGUAUGCGAGGUCUUGCGACGUCGUUUCAAUUCUCCUUCCUCAGUUCCUACUGCGAUUACCGCAGUUCUCUGCUAAUUAGUUCUUCCCCAAUUGGGUUACACCUCUGCUCUUCAAAAUUGGCGCAACUACGGCAGAUAAAGAAUUAUAAAUUCCUCUCCCAAACGAAACUCGGGAAUCCACGAGGAAAUCAGGGACCUCCAUAUACAUACACUUCAGGGUCAAAUAUUUGAUUUUGCUGUUUUGGCACAACUGGAUCUUGUUAGGCCGCUUUUAUGAUGGAUCAUCCACGUUCAAUUUCUGGGGGAGGUGAGGACAACGUGGAAAUUCCUGAUGAUUUGAGGUGUAAGAGGUCUGAUGGGAAACAAUGGAGAUGCACCGCCAUGUCCAUGCCUGACAAGACAGUAUGUGAAAAGCAUUACAUCCAGGCAAAGAAGAGGGCAGCAAAUUCUGCAAUGCGUGCAAGCAUGAAAAAAGCAAAGAGGAAAUCUUUAGGUGAAAGUGAUAUCUACUUGGAGAGCAAGAGCGAUGAUAUGGAUCUACCACUCAGUUCACAAUUUGGGGACUAUUCUGCAUCCUCUGGUAAGAAGAAGAAGGAGAAAUUGUCAAAAACCCAGGCUAAUGAUUCACCUGAAAUGCCACCUGUUAGGAGUUUUUCUGGUCGAAGUUCUCUAAGAUCAACUGAUGAUCUUGACAGAGAUGGUUCUGAGUAUGAAGACAGCAGACGGUCUUAUAGAACACCACCCACGUCUGCUGUGGAUUCAGACAGAAGCAGACCACAAAAGAUGUUUGAGAUUAGUCCUACGUCGGAGACUUCUGAUGGAAGCUCGGAGUCUUCUGAUGAUACUGGGGGACAGCCUUGUCAUCAGUGUCGGAGCAGUAAUAGGGGUAGAGUGAUUUGGUGUCUUAAGUGUGAUAGAAGAGGAUAUUGUGAGAACUGCAUUUCAACAUGGUAUUCUGACAUACCCAUUGAGGAAGUCCAGAGGGUUUGUCCUGCAUGCCGUGGUACAUGUAGUUGCAGGUUGUGUAUGCGAGGGGAUAAUCUGAUUAAGGCAAGGAUUCGGGAGAUACCUGCCAAAGACAAAUUGCAGUACCUCUACUGCCUUUUGUCUGCAGUGCUUCCUAUUGUGAAGCGCAUCCAUUCAGAACAGUGCUCUGAGGUGGAGCUGGAAAAGAGGCUCCGAGGAAAUGAAAUAGAUCUUGCCAGGACUAAAUUAAAUGCUGAUGAGCAGAUGUGCUGUGAUUUCUGCAGGAUACCCAUCAUUGAUUAUCACCGGCACUGUACAAAUUGCUCGUAUGAUCUAUGCCUUAGUUGCUGCAAUGAUAUCAGGGAAGCAUCCAAACCUUCUGUGAAGGAAGAAGCGAACCCUAUUGCCUGUGGAACUGAUGAUAAAGACAAACCAAUGGCGUCUAAGCGCGUGAAAUUAUCAGAUGUUCAGCUAAAUUCAUUUGUCAAAUUUGCUGACUGGAAAGCUAAUAGUGAUGGAAGUAUUCCAUGUCCGCCAAAGGCUUAUGGAGGCUGUGCCUCGUCCCUUUUGACUCUAAAGCGCAUUUUCAAGAUGAAUUGGGUUGCCAAAUUGGUGAAAAAUGUUGAAGAAAUGGUCAAUGGGUGUAAGAUAUGUAAUUCCGGGAAUCCAGAGGAAACUGGAGCUAGUGCCCGUCUUUGGCAGGUUGCGCACAGAGAGAAUGACAACGAUAACUUCUUGUAUUGUCCAUCUUCAGAAGAUCUGAAGAAUGAAGGGAUUAAAGACUUUAGAAUGCAUUGGAGCAAAGGGAAACCGGUCAUUAUUAAGGAGGUUUGUGAUGCUUCUGCGAUGACAAUCUGGGAUCCUAUGGUUAUAUGGAGAGGAAUUAAAGAGACUGCAGAAGAGAGAAUGAGAGAUACAAACAGAACUGUGAAGGCUAUUGACUGCAGUAAAUGGACUGAGAUUAAUAUUGAACUUGAAGAGUUUAUGAACGGAUACUUUGAUGGUAGAGUUCACGACAAUGGUCAGCCAAAAUUGUUAAAGUUGAAGGAUUGGCCUUCUCCCAGUGCUUCGGAAGAGUUUCUAUUAUAUCAGAGACCUGACUUCAUCAGUAAACUUCCCCUGCUUGAGUUCAUCCAUUCCAAAUGGGGUCUUCUAAAUGUUGCUGCAAAAUUGCCUCAUUAUUCCUUACAAAAUGAUGUGGGUCCUAAGAUAUUUAUUUCUUAUGGGAAAGUAGAAGAAAUUGGUGAGGGUGAUUCCACGGAUAAUCUUCAUCUCAACAUGCGUGACAUGGUAUUCCUUUUGGUGCAUGCAUGUGAAGUGAAAUUAAAAGGUGUACAGGGGACAAGGACUGAGAUACAAAAUGCUGUGGCACAAUCUGAAACAAAGGAAAUGUGCAUUGAUCCUGAUAUUCACUUAAACAGUGGUGGAUUUUCCAACUUUUCCCCUGAUGGACCGGACGGUUCUGAGACCAAUGCACAUUAUGACUAUGAGAAAAAGGAUGAUCAAGAAAUUGAAGGAAGCAGUGCUAUUGGAGAGAAAGCUGUCAAUGAUUCUGAGAAUGGAUCUAAUCGGAAAAUUUUAGAAAAGACCCAAGCAGGAGCUUUCUGGGAUGUCUUCCGUCGAGAGGAUAUACCCAAACUAAUGGAGUAUAUAAGUAUGCACUGGAAGAACUUUCAGAAGGCUGAUAAUCUCAUUGAUGACUAUGUGUCUCGACCUCUGUAUGAUGGGAUAGUAUACUUGAAUAGGCAUCAUAAAAGCAAGUUGAGAGAGGAAUUUGAUGUGGUCAGUGACACUAUUUACAUUGAGCUUCCUCAGGAGUGGAGCCUGGGGCUAGCAUUCUCAAGGAAACAAAUGUCUUUUGAAUUAAUCAAGUAUCACGUUCGGAUCUCUUCUUCUCAGGAGUGGAGCCUUGGUCAUUUGAACAGCAUAUCGGGGAAGCUGUAUUCAUCCCUGCUGGAUGUCCUUUCCAAGCAAGACAUCUUCAGUCCUCAGUUCAGUUGGGACUUGAUUUUCUUUCUCCUGAAAGUCUGGGCGAAGCUUUUAAAUUGUCCGAAGAAAUUCGCGGACUUCCAAAUGACCAUGAUGCAAAGCUUCAAAUAUUGGAGGUUGGAAAAAUAUCAUUAUAUGCGGCAAGUUCAGCCAUUAAAGAAGUUCAAAAGUUGGUUCUUGACCCCAAACUGGGUCCGGAGCUUGGAUUUGAGGAUCCUAAUUUGACUUCGCUGGUGUCACAGAAUUUGGAAAACAUGGUUAAGCGCAGACAGAUCACCUGUUCCUGACCACCUAUAGCAGUGCUCAGGGUGGGUGGAACUGCGCUCUGUACUCUAUGUUACAGAUUUUUGUGCAUGUAAUAGUUAGGAUGAUAUAAGGAUCCUCAAUUCUCAAAACUUCGCUAAAAUUAUAGUACAUCAUAUUCUAUGUAACUUCCUGUGGUGUUGUUUAUACCAAAAAGCCCUUUUUACGGAUUUAAUUAUUACCUGCUGAAAA